AUGAUGUCAAGUUCACCUCCACUUCAUUCUCAUAGUCCAACAUCAAACGGUGCUUCAUCAUCAAAUAGCGGUGGAACAUCAUCAGAUGCAUGCAAUGGAAUAGUGGCAAAUCUUUUAUGUCAUCGACAACGAACAAAUGGUGAAAGUGAAACUUUUUCUAAACGAGCUAUCGAAAGUUUGGUUAAAAAACUUAAAGACAAAAAAGAUGAACUUGAUGCAUUAGUCACAUCAAUUACGUCGAGUGGACAAAUACCAACGAAAUGUGUUACAAUUCAAAGAACACUCGAUGGAAGAUUACAGGUGGCUGGUCGUAAAGGUUUUCCACAUGUAAUUUAUGCUCGUAUAUGGCGAUGGCCUGAUUUACAUAAAAAUGAAUUAAAACAUUUAAAAUGUUGUCCAUUAGCGUUUGAUCUAAAACAAGAAUAUGUUUGUGUAAAUCCAUAUCAUUAUGAACGAGUUGUUCCUCCUGGUAUUGACUUAGCAGGAAUGCCAUUGGUACCACGUUUUCAACUGUCUGGUCAUGGUGAUCCAUCAUCAUCGAAUGAUCGUGAUAUAUAUUCAACAACAGAUGGAUAUCGUUAUAUGAAAGAUUACAGAGAUGAUCAAAAUUCUCCACAACCUAUGAUUGCUAUUCAACAUCAAGCUCCAGAUACGACUAGUCCAAGUCCUCCACAUCAAUAUACAACUAAUGGAACUGCUGUUACAAAUACAAAUGGUUUUCCACAAGCUAUGCUUCCACAAGAUGGACCAGUUUCUCUAUGGACACAACCACCAGCACCUGCAGUUAACUUAUGGCAACAACAUUCUUUUGUACCUCCAAAUGGUAUAACUGCUGCACCACCCAUUCAACCAUUACCAUUAAUUAAUUAUGUUGGUGAAUAUUGGUGUAGUAUAAUUUAUUAUGAACGUGAUGUACAAGUUGGUGAAACAUUUAAGGUGCCUGAUACAUAUAAAGAAGUGAUUGUUGAUGGUGGAAUGGAUAUGGCUACUGUUGGUGAUCGAUUUUGUUUAGGUCCACUAAGUAAUGUACAUCGUACUGAAACAAGUGAAAAAGCACGUAUACAUAUUGGAAAAGGUGUUCGUGUUGAAUGUCGAAAUGAAGGUGAUAUAUGGAUACGGUGUCGCAGUGAUCAAGCAGUUUUCCUUCAAUCAUAUUAUCUUGAUCGUGAAGCAGGUCGUGCACCAGGUGAUGCUGUUCAUAAAAUUUACCCUCAAGCUUGUAUUAAAGUAUUUGAUUUAAAUCAAUGUUAUACUGCAAUGGAUCAACAUAUUAAAAUGGCAUUACAUUCUCGAGUGCAACAAGCAUCUCAUGGUCAAGCAAUGUCAUCAUCUGCGAAUUUAAGUAUUGACGAAUUACGACGUUUAUGUGUAUUACGACUUAGUUUUGUUAAAGGUUGGGGACCAGAUUAUCCAAGACAAUCUAUAAAAGAAACUCCAUGUUGGAUUGAAAUUCAAAUUCAUCGUGCAUUACAAUUACUUGAUGAUUUAUUUAAUUCAAUAAGUCAUCAAUUAACAAAUGCUGUUGCAACACCUUCAUCUUCUAUACCAACAAAUAACAACAGUAAUUUAUCAACCGCUAACAUUAAAAUGGAAGCUACACAUUCAUCCUAUACAAAUAUGGAUAAUUAA